UAUUUCCUUCCUUUCACUUGCUCUCUCGCUUCCUCCUCAAACGUUAAUGGCGGAGAGAGGAGCUCUUCCGCUUCUUCGCCCCUCCUUGCCGCGACCCUCUAUUUUCCUCAGCUUCGCAAACCUCCGUGCGUCGCGAUUCCAAAAGCCUACAUCCUCUGCUUCUCAUCUCCACUAUCCCUCCUCCUCAAGCUCUACAGUAGUUUCCGUGAAGGUAAUCCCUCUGAAUCGCCGGAGAUUCAUCUACAAAAUCCGCGCCGUCGCGGAGGAAGAGGGAAGAUAUGGACGGACGGAGAGGGGGAAGAGAGGGAGGAAAAGGCGGCAGCUUUGGGAAGAAUUAUUGGAGGAUAACGUUGAAGAUGAUGUUGAUGGUGGUGGUGGUGAUAGUGGUAAAAUUGAUCUGUGGAAGAUCUUAGAGGAGAUUGUAGACAAUGUCUGGAUUCUAAAGGCAUUCAAAUCGUAUGGAUAUCUCCUCCCUUUCAUCCUCUUAUCACUUUUCUUCAGCACGGGACCCAAAGCUUUCCUCAUAUCGCUAGGUGUAGCCAUCGGGCCAUCACUGUUGUUUCUAGCGUUCCAGAAGUUAAUUGGUUGGGAUAAACGUAGAAGAAGAACGUCAACGGCUAAUCAGUUCGGGAUAGAGAUGGAGGACGAGAGAAGGAGCAGAGUUAGAUACAGCCCGUCUCAGGUCAGGAACAGUGGUUCAGCUGGAAUGGCUUCUAACUUUGGUGGGUGGGACGAGUUAGAAGGACCCGGGACCGUGCCCGAGGAGCCGAGAACCGAACCGAAGAGGAAACCGAUGAAGAAGAGGAAGAAAAUAAGAAGAGAAGAAGCAGCAGAGGCACAACCAUUGUUGCUGAGAUUGUUGGUGUCUUUGUUCCCAUUCUUGAGCUCUUACACAAACAUGCUCAAAUAAAAAUAAAACCAAAGAAACAAUCCUCUAAACCGAAACAAACUAAUUUUUUUUAAUUUCAGUUAAACCGAACCGGAUCGGUUAAGAGAUUAGUUAUUAAUUUUCGA